GUCACCGUUACUGAUAACGGCUCUCUCACUCUACUUCCGUGCACCGAACCCAGCCUGCUGUCUAUAAGCUCCAUUGAGUGCUCCCAGUACGAUGGCUCCGAAGGUGGUGCGCUCCAGUAAGUUCCGGCAUGUGUUUGGUCAGGCGAUGAAGGCUGAUCAGUGCUACGAUGACGUCCGCAUCUCUCAGAUGACGUGGGACAGCAACUUCUGCACCGUCAACCCCAAAUACGUGGCCAUGAUCGUGGAGGCCAGUGGAGGCGGGGCCUUCAUGGUGCUGCCGCUAAGCAAGACGGGGCGUGUUGAUAUGUCUCAGCCGCUGGUCUGCGGUCACACCGGUCCUGUUCUUGAUAUUGAGUGGUGCCCGCACAAUGAUGACAUCAUCGCCAGUGGCUCAGAGGACUGCACCGUCAUGGUGAGACCCUACAGACACACCCUAUUGACCCUAUGCAUCCCUAUAUGUAUAUAUAGACCCCUACAGACACCAUAAACAACCCUUAUAGAUAGCCUGUAGAACAUUUAGAUGCUAUACACUCCCCU